AUUAAAAUAAAAANCGGACAACCCUGUCUAUUCUUUCUAAUCUCGCCGACUCCAAUCAUCGCCGUCGCUACCGCCGCCGUAAGCCACUGCUGCUAACCUGCUUUUACCGCCGAUUCUUCCGUCCCUUCGAAUCUCUCGUAAAAAGAUGGCUGGACUCUCAGGAUUUAGGAGCCUUUCUCCCAAAGCUAAGAAUUUGGUGGUUGCCGGGGGUUUGACAGCAUUUGUCUUCGGAACGUACUACUACACGAUGAGAGCUGUUGGAGGUACAGAUGAACUGCAAGUAGCAAUAGAUAAAUUUGAAGCAGAGAAGAGCAAGACAGCGGGUGAUGGUACUAGCAUGCCGUCAAAGGUCUAAUUGCUUUUUGCAAGAAAAACAGUAGUUUUCUCUCUGCUUUUACUACUUUGUGUUAACAUAAAGGCUUUAGUUGUUUUACAUGACAUGAAAAUGUUAAAAUGUGAUAUUGAACUCACUUGUUAUUAAGUUUCAUGUAUGAUAACUGAGUGGUAGGGUUAGUAUAGUAUAACUGAGAUUCUCUUGUUGGAUUGUGAAGAAUUUAUGAUGAAAAGCCAAGUUGGGGAUUAUGAUGCAUGUAAAAUAAACUUUGCCACUGCUUUCUAUUGUAUGAAGCUGGGGCAGAAUGGCAUUACAAGGUUAAGAUGAAAAAAAUAAAGCACAUUUUCUGUUUA